AUGGUGGGCUUAGUGGGGGCGAUUAUGGUGGCGAUGGUGAUGACCGUGGCUUCUUCUUCUUCAGCUCAUGACUAUGGAGAUGCUUUGACCAAGAGCAUUUUGUUCUUUGAAGGUCAGCGGUCGGGCAAGUUACCUUCUUCUCAGAGAAUGACUUGGAGGAAGGAUUCCGCUCUUCGCGAUGGCUUCGAGAUUGGCGUAGAUUUAGUAGGAGGUUACUACGACGCCGGAGACAACGUGAAGUUCAACUUUCCGAUGGCAUUCUCCACAACAAUGCUGGCAUGGAGUGUUUUAGAGUUCGGGAAGGACAUGAGCUCGGACUUGCCGCAUGCCCUCGACGCGAUUCGAUGGGCAACCGACUACUUCCUAAAAGCGACUAGCAUUCCUGGCUUUGUCUUUGUCCAAGUUGGCGACCCUUAUGGUGAUCACAACUGCUGGGAGAGGCCGGAGGACAUGGACACCCCGAGGACCCCCUUUGCCGUGAGCAAACAGUUCCCGGGGUCCGAAGUUUCCGCUGAGAUUGCGGCAGCUCUUGCAGCUUCUUCCAUGGUGUUUAGGCAGAUUGAUAGAGGGUACUCCGCCAGGCUUCUCAAAAGGGCUAAAAUGGUUUUUGAUUUUGCAGAUAAAUAUCAGGGCUCCUAUAAUGACAGCCUUGGACAGUGGGUCUGCCCGUUUUAUUGCGAUUUUAGUGGCUACGAGGAUGAAUUGAUAUGGGGAGCAGCAUGGUUGUUCAAGGCAACUAAGCAAAGCAACUACUGGAACUAUGUGUUGCAAAACAUGCCCAAGUUGGACAGCGGUAACACAAAUGGUGUCUCAUGGGUUGGUGGAAGGUUUGCAGAAUUCGGAUGGGAUUCGAAGCAUGCAGGCAUCAACGUACUCGUUUCCCAGUUAAGCAUGUCUACCAUCAGUGCGGAGUCUCUUCCUUUCAUUUCAAAUGCAGAUAGGUUCAUAUGCACCUUGCUGCCUGAAUCACCAACCCUGUCUGUCUCAUAUUCUCCAGGUGGGCUUUUGUUUAAACCUGGAGGAAGCAAUCUGCAGCAUGCAACAACUCUGUCAUUUCUUCUAGUUGUCUAUGCUCGUUAUUUGAAUCAAGCCAAGAGAGCAGUCCGUUGUGGCGAUGUUGUUGCCAGUCCUGCUAGACUUGUACAACUUGCUAAAGGCCAGGCUGAUUACAUAUUGGGAAGUAAUCCAUUGAGCAUGUCAUAUAUGGUGGGAUAUGGUGAAAAAUUCCCUCAAAACAUUCACCAUCGCGGGUCGUCUUUACCGUCACUUGAUCAGCACCCAGAACAGAUUGACUGCAAAGGUGGAAACCAUUACCUUUACAGCGAGAACCCUAAUCCGAAUUUGCUAAUUGGAGCUAUUGUUGGAGGACCAGAUAUCAAAGACGCAUAUGCUGAUUCUCGAGAGGAUUUUGUACACUCCGAGCCAACCACAUACAUCAAUGCACCUUUUGUCGGGGUCUUGGCUUACUUCAAAUCUCAAUCAUCCUAG